GUCGCGCACCUCCCUUUCACCAUGGUCACGGGCAAAUCGCACGCCGGCGUGGAGCCGCUGCACCCACUUCCGCCCCCAACUGCCCAGCCAGACGUCAUCGCAGCCUCGCCGCCUUCUAAACGGGAUCUGGCCUCCUGGUGGAGGCAGUUCAAAAGAAAUACUCGCAAGGAGGAACCGAAAGAGAAACCACAGGGCAUUUUCGGCGUCCCGCUCAACGUCAGCAUCAAGUACGCCAACGUCGCCAUUUCGCUGACCAAUGAUAACGGAGAGAGCUUCAUCUACGGCUAUGUACCUAUUGUGGUGGCCAAAUGCGGUGUGUUUCUGAAGGAGAAAGCGACGGAUGUUGAGGGCAUCUUCCGUCUCAGUGGGUCCGCGAAGCGCAUCAAGGAUCUCCAAGAGGUCUUCGAUUCGCCCGAGCGAUAUGGUAAAGGUCUCGACUGGACGGGAUACACAGUGCACGACGCAGCCAACGUGCUACGGCGCUAUCUGAACCAACUGCCCGAGCCCAUCGUCCCCUUGGACUUUUACGAACGUUUUCGCGAACCGCUCCGCACCUACCAAAGACAAGUCCAGGAACAGAUGCAGAACAAUGCCUCUCCCAACGAGUCGGAGGCUUUUGAUCAUGCGAAAGCCGUUGCGGCAUACCAGCAGCUGAUUCGCGAGCUGCCCCCUUUAAACAAGCAACUCCUCCUCUACAUUCUGGAUCUUCUGGCGGUCUUCGCGUCCAAAUCGGACCAGAAUCGCAUGACCUCAGCCAACCUGUCGGCUAUCUUUCAGCCGGGGUUGCUGUCGCAUCCUCAGCACGAUAUGUCGCCGGACGAGUAUAAGCUGAGCCAGGAUGUGCUCAUCUUCCUGAUCGAAAAUCAGGAUCAUUUCCUCUUUGGAAUGAACGGCACGGCCGCUGAUGAGCAGACGCUCAAGGAAGUCGAAGGGGGUGUGACGCGCCGGCCCACCACUCAUUCCACCAACAUCCGACGCUCCGUAUCGAGUGCCAGUGGCGGUGGAGAGAGCUUCCGGAAGUACGAAAGCCUUCGCCGGAAUGUGUCCGUCUCAUCGCGGAAUUCGCGCAACUCAAACAACGCUAGCCCGGCUACACCACCCUCGCUCAGCGGGGCGGGCGUGCAUCGCAGCAACACCUUGCCGUCCAAGAUGUCCCCUGCCAUUCCUCCGCACCGCUAUGGACGGGUAGUGGAGUCCACCGGGGUGAACUCAUCGAACCGCACCUCCGCGCAACAUUCCCGCUCGUCCAGCCGUGCGCCACCAACGGUCGAGGAGGACAAAGCCCUGUCCUGCACCGCCAAUACGACCAUCCAAUCACCAACCAACAAUGCCGCCGUCAGCAACAUCCAGCCCACCCCUGCUCCUCCGCUCAGCAAUGCGCAGCCCGUUCCAAGGCCACCCAUCCCUGCGCAGCUUAUGGCUGGACGCCCCCCUCCCGUGCAAUCACCCCCGGUGCAGUCAGUCCCCGAGCAACCAGUCCAUGCGCCAUCGGCCGCUGGACAACCAGCUCCUGAGCAAUCGGCUACUGCACCAUCAAGCAACCCUCAGUCGCCACCUCCGGCAGCGCCCGGCACUAGUGUUGGGGUUGUCUAUGUGCAUUCAGCGACGCAUGGGCCCAUACCCAGGGCAAAUGCAGAAAAUGGGCAAGCUUUGAAUGAUAAACCCGUGCCACUGAAGCCCGUUACAGAGCGACCGGUACUGCACGAAGGCCUGCCUCCCGCUGCGCGAGCGGUAUCACCCCCACCCGCGGUGGUGACUCCGACGCGCGAGCGCAAGUUGUCAAGUUUCUUCUCCAAAUCACCCCCACCCAGCGGAGAAGGACGGGAGCCUCGGCAGCCGAAUCGGUUGAAGAAGAAACGAAUUCCGGGUAGCGCGAGCGAGAGUGCGCAGAGCUCUUCUCAGUCACUGCAAGCCGCGACAGCUGAGCCUGGUUUGGCGGCGAUUCUGCAUGGGCCCCGGUCGACAGAUGCUGGCAAUGAGGUGGGCGGCGCUACUCCCCGUCCUCCCCAAACCACUAGUUCCGAUGAACUGAGCCCACCGCGAGAAGGUCGGCCCGAAAAGCAGGCUUCGCAGGCUGAGGGUGGCCAGAUGGGCGACACCUCCCUGCGACCCUACGGAUCUCGCACCCCGUCGAUGAAUUCCCGUUCGUCGUUUACGGAUUAUUCGGAUGUAGAUCCGGCGGAAGACGCGGCGCGCGCAGAACGCAAGGAACACCGCCGCAGCUGGCGAUUCCCUAGAUCGUCCAAGCGCAGCAAUGAGCAGAUCGGCCUGGGAUUGGCUUCGCCGCCGCUCAUGGCGUCGAAUCCUGGCGCGGGUCGAAGCACUAGCUCGAUCGGCAGUUGGCAUCAUGCGAGCCGAAGCUCCCCAUCAGACAUGCAGCAGUUCGCUAACGACCCGAGCUAUCAGCCGCUGAGUCUAGACGCCGAGGUCAGCAACCCUGGGGGCUCGAGGGAAGCGUCGUUGGCGUCGGAGCCGGAGAAGCGCAGUCUGUUCGGAAAAUUCAAAGCCAAGGUUGCUCAGGUGCGAGAUGGUGUGAAGGAAUCCACGGAGCGCGAUCGGACGCGCAGUCCUGUCAACGACGCGGACCCGGUUAUCCCGACGCAGCCACUCACCCCUUCAGCUACGGACGUGCGCCACCGACCAGCUCCGAUCGAUGCAACUAGUCAUCCUAAAGACGCAGCCGUCAGCUCCCCGGUGUCGCCUCUGCCUGGAUCUGGACUACCGCCGCCGAUCCCUGAAGAACCCCAUAUGCCUGAGAGUCCAGUGAUGACUGCUUCGGUAGCGACUGGACCUGCGGUUCCUGAUGUGACUUCUGUUCCUGGCAUGCCUGCUGCUCCUGAUGUGCCUGUUGUGCCUGGUGUCACAGCCGCUGUUCCUACGGAGUUGAGGUCUACGGAGCCUAGUACGGAGCCUAGUACUGAACCGAGUAUUGAACCCAGCACCGAGCCCAGUACCGAGUCCAGUACCAAGACUAGCAUUGAGCCUGGCACUGAGCCUGGUCCUGAACCUAGUGAGCCUUUGGAGCCUGUCAAAGUUGCCACCUCCGAACCAACUGUGUCAACAACACCUGCAGAUGUUACAACAGACUCCGCUGAUACUGUCACUGCGGAACCUCCCAGACCUCUGGAGACGGUUCAGGAAGAGAAGGCUGAGUCAGGACCGGGGCCUAGUGUACCUUCAUAGAUUUUCUGUGUACUAUUUCCUUUGUUAUGUUCGGUUUUGGAUGCCAAGAUAUGUCUUCAGAUGGGACCGGAGAUGUUAUGUACGAGGAUGUUUCGAUGGAUGGAUGUGUUGCCAUACUUUGGCUGCCGCUGCGCCUGAAAUGCUUUAUGGGUCAUGACUGAUGUAUGUAUUGUUUAGUUCUGGGAAGGCCAAGCGCUGAAGAAAAGCGAUGUAGACAUACAGAAUCUCUUUCCUUGUGUUAUUUGUUUGUUCGCUGAAUUGUGCAACCGGAGUUAUGUGUGUGGGUGAACUAUUAUUUGUCUUGUACUUCCCGAGGAGUCGACACCUGAGGCAUGCAGCCCCUGUUAGC